AUGCGCGCAUUUGUCGAGCAGUUGCAGAGUCAGGUGGCGGACCUGACUAAACGCCUUGAUGAAGCCACGGACAGAAGCGAGCCACAAAAAGCUGAGCUGCCUGUCGUAACCAAGGCGACCAGGGGACCGAAGCCUACUUUAAUAACGUCGCCGAUGGAUGAUCAUAGUGGCUUAGGCAACGCGGGCGGUUCCGUUAUUGGAUCGAAGUCGCCUCGCUUGGACUUGCCUCCUUUCGACGAAGUAAUGCCCGUCAUACAGAUGUAUCUUGACCACGUUAAUUCAGUAACUCCCCUAUUCCACCCUGGUACCUUGCUGGGUCUAGUCAGUGAUUUUUACGAGUUCCCAAACCGCCGAGAUGCCGUCUCUUGGGCUGCCAUCAAUGUUGUAUUGGCCCUGACUUACAGGCAAUUCAUGCUGGGCGGUCUAGGAACUGAUAAUGGCACGGACCUUGCUCUUGACCACCUGAAUAAGGCUCAGUCCGUCUUAUCGGAUGUGAUUCUUGGUGAACCAAAACUACUGCACGCGCAGGUUCUCCUGGGUAUUGUUACCAUGCUUCAAAUCUCUAAAAAUUUGCAGCCAGCCAUGGUCCUCAUGGGCGCGGCGAUGCGUCUGAUUCGCGGGCUUGGACUGCAUACACGUGCUUCUACGGCCCAUCUUGACACCGAGGCUGCCAAAGAGCACACCUAUGUGUUUUGGAUUGCUUAUGUCCUUGACAAAGACAUCAGCAUGCGGAUGCGAAGUCCUUCUAUACAAGGUGAUGAUGAGGUUGAUGUUGAGAUGCCCGUCGCUGUCAUUGACCAUCACCGCGGGGUAGACGGGAGAAAGAACAAGUUCGAUGAUGGUGUUAUUGCUACAGUGAAUGGAGAUGUGGCAAUGGAUUUCUUCUUGACCCGUAUUCGUCUUGCCAUCAUCGAGGGCGGUGUUUACGAUUACCUUUACUCAGUACGGUCUCAAGCCCGAAGCCCGGAAGAGCGUAACAUUGCAACUUCCAGCCUCGUCAAUGCUCUCCAAGAAUGGCAAUCGCACAUCGCGCCAGAAUUUGAUGCUGCAUCGGCAGCUGGGAACGUAUCUCCUACUGCACUCCCAUUUAUUUGCUCACUCCAUGCCACCAGCUUCGUUUGUCUCGCAAUGAUCAAUGAGGCAAAUGCCUGGAAUCAACAAUGGGUGAUAAACAUUCGCAAGUACCCCGGAACCUGUGCUGAUCUUCAUCCACGUUCCCGUUGGGAGCCGCUGGUUGAACAUGCGAGAGAUUUUGCUGUCUUAUUCGAGAGCAUCCCCCCAAGCGGCUAUGCUUUGAUCUGGGAGACGAUCUGUGCGUACUUGACGGCAGUAAUGCUGGUGGCGGCAAACAAUGCCCACCGUCCAUUUUCAGACAAUAUGCUCUCGGACAUGAAACUUACCAGGAAAGCUGUUCAGCUUGUUGACGACAUUUUUGGCAGUCAGAGCUUCCCAGAAAGCGGCCAGGUUCAUCUGGUUCGGAACGCAUGCGCUGACUUGAAUCAAAAUGCGCUGAGAAGGUGGUAUGAGAAAUUCGGAACGGCAUGA